CCCGCCUCACCUGCAUGUCACGUGGUCCGCGCCGCUCCGAGGGCACCUGAGGGCGGAUUCCGCAGGCCCUGGGUCUUCCAGGUGGAAGUGGCCGCAUCCGUGGACAGGUUUAGCAGCGACAGAGGCAGGUGGGGGAGCAUGGCUGGGGUCAGCCGGCGAAGCCUCCCUACUCGGGGUGUCUGAACCUCUGGUCCUCGGAAUCUGGUUCCUAACGCGCGACAGGGGCCAGCCAGCACCUGGACGGGAGCAGGGCGCGGCCGUGCGACCCGGGCCGGGAGCCGGGCGGGGCCUGCGGGCGUUGCGUGGAAGCCGCAGCUGGGCCGAGUCGAAAGCCGCCUUGCGCCCCGGAAGGCCUGACUCCCCGCCGGUCAGCCGGCAGCCCUCCUUCCUGGGUGGCUCAGUCCGCUAAGGCCUGGCAGGCUCUCAGAUUAGGGCACACUCUUGGUCCCUACGUGCAGGGGGAGUAAAUCGCGGGCUUUAUUUGGGGAGAUUUGGGGCAUAUCCCCGGUUUGCUUUGGAUUAGAUAGGGAUGCGUGUGUUGACAUUGGCGAGUUCACCGGCCGGCUCGGGGAUGGAACCUCUGGAGUGACAGCUGAGCCCUGAGUGGAGACGCCCACACCCGGAGGCAGGAAGCGGACAUUUUACUUCCAAUAAGAAACAUGGUGAAACUAAUCCACACAUUAGCUGAUCAUGGUGAUGAUGUCAACUGCUGUGCAUUCUCCUCUUCCCUCUUGGCCACUUGCUCUUUGGACAAAACAAUUCGCCUGUACUCCCUCAGUGACUUUACUGAACUGCCCCACUCACCAUUGAAGCUUCACACCUAUGCUGUCCACUGCUGCUGUUUCUCCCCUUCAGGACACAUUUUGGCUUCCUGUUCAACAGAUGGUACCACUGUCCUAUGGAAUACUCAAAAUGGAGAGCCUUUGGCAGUGAUGGAACAGCCCAGUGGUAGCCCCGUGAGGGUUUGCCAGUUUUCCCCAGACUCCACUUGUUUGGUGUCAGGAGCAGCUGAUGGAACGGUUGUUUUGUGGAAUGCUCAGUCAUACAAGUUAUAUAGGUGCGGUAGUGUUAAGGAUGGCUCCUUGGUGGCCUGUGCAUUUUCUCCUGAUGGAAACCUCUUUGUCACUGGCUCCUCGUGUGGAGAUUUAACAGUGUGGGAUGAUAAAAUGAGGUGUUUGCAUAGUGAAAAAGCACAUGAUCUUGGAAUUACCUGCUGUGAUUUUUCUUCACAGCCAGUUUCUGAUGGAGAGCAAGGUCUUCAGUAUUUUCGAUUGGCAUCAUGUGGUCAGGAUUGCCAGAUCAAAAUUUGGGUUGUUUCUUUUACCCAUAUCUUAGGUUUUGAAUUAAAAUAUAAAAGUACACUGAGUGGGCACUGUGCUCCUGUUCUGGCUUGUGCUUUUUCUCAUAAUGGGCAGAUGCUAGUCUCGGGAUCAGUGGAUAAAUCUGUCAUAGUGUAUGAUACUAAUACUGAGAAUAUACUUCACACAUUGACUCAGCACACCAGGUAUGUCACAACUUGUGCCUUUGCACCCAAUAUCCUUUUACUUGCUACUGGUUCAAUGGACAAAACAGUGAACAUCUGGCAAUUUGAUCUGGAAACACCUUGCCAAGCAAGGAGCACAGAAGACGAGGCGAAGCAAUUUCCUGAAGACUGGUCAGAGGAUGAUGUUUCAGUGUGGCUUUGUGCCCAAGGUUUAAAUGACCUUGUUGGUAUUUUCAAAAUGAAUAACAUUGAUGGAAGAGAAUUGUUGAAUCUCACCAAAGAAAGUCUGGCUGAUGAUUUGAAAAUUGAAUCUCUAGGGCUGCGGAGUAAAGUGCUGAGAAAAAUUGAAGAGCUCAGGACAGAGGCGAAAACCCUUUCUUCUGGAAUUCCUGAUGAAUUUCUAUGUCCAAUAACUAGGGAGCUUAUGAAAGAUCCUGUCAUUGCAUCAGAUGGCUAUUCAUAUGAAAAGGAAGCAAUGGAAAAUUGGAUCAGCAAAAAGAAACGUACAAGUCCCAUGACAAAUCUUGUUCUUCCUUCAGUGGUACUUACACCAAACAGGACUCUGAAAAUGGCCAUUAGCCGAUGGCUGGAGACACAUCAAAAAUAAAAUAGUUUAUAUUGUAUAUAUUUUUCAGUGAUCUCAUUUGAAUGAUUUCAAGGUAAAUACUAAUCAGAUAUUAAAGCAAAACAGGAGAAAAGUGAAUUUACUUACCCGUAAAAACUUAUUCUUUGAAUUAUAUGGACAAAAUAAUAUAUCUGACCUCCUUUCCUACUAUAAAAGCCUUUUUUGUACGUGAAAGAUAAUCUGUGGAGAAAUAAAGUUUUACUUUGACUUAAAAUUGCAAUACGCAAAAUUGAUUCUUGCUAGAUGUAGGUCAUAUUCUCAUUAAAACCAAACAUCAGAAUAAUCUAGAGUAUAACAUUAAAAUCCUAGUUAAUAGCCAUUAAUUUGAUAACUCUUUGGAAUCCUUCUAGAGAGAAUUUGUAGCAAAAUAACUAGAUUUAUGACUAAACUGGGAAAAUCACCUGGACAUGUUUAAUGAGCAGUUUUAUUGGAUUCUAAAUUUACAAGGUGGCACUGAUUUUUCCCUGCAGUCCAAACCUGUGUACAAGUUAGAUGGAAUCAAUUAUCAUGAAUAUGUCAAGUUGACUUUGUUGAAAUAAAGUACUAAAUUGGCCUCCUUUUAAAGUUCAGAAUCCUUGAAGUUCUCAUAUAUCCUAAGCUAGGGUAACUAUACAUUUUUACACAAUAGGUUGAUAUUUAAUACGACAUCCUGAUAAGCAUUCACAAGAAGAAAACUUCCAGUUCACAAAGCUGAGGUGGUAUUGACUUCACAUACCUUUUGUAAGUUGUUUCCCAGAAUGAAAGCCAUUAGUGGGAAGGCUGGUCAGAACUCAACUGGAACCAAGGCAGGAACCAAGAUUCUGUGCCCCCAAAACCCUCAUUUUAGCUGUUCUAAAAUUCAAAAACUCAGAAAUGAGAGGGGAAGAGUGAUGUAAUUAUGUAUAUAUUCUUUUCCUAUAUUUUAUAAAUUUACAGCUAAUAUGCUACAUGUUUACAGACAUGGAAAGCUUAGCUACCACAAAAAUUUCCCAAUUAUCUUUUAACUGCUUUGUAAAAUUUCUGUCAUCCUAAUGUAUUACUGAAUUUUAUUUCCUUUGUGUCAUAGCUGGGAUUUACAAUCUGUGAUUCUACAAGAGGAUUUUCUUUUUCAUACCACCCAUGCUGCUUACGUUCAAGUGAAGACCAAAAAAAAGUUGGAACAGGCAUUAGGUGCUUUUCUAUUGUAUUCUAUAGAGAAAGUAUGUUAACCUAAUUUUAACAAAAGAUUUUAAUUCCUAGAGUCCACCACUGGGCCAAAUAUUUGUUUUGGUAGACUUAUUUUCCAAAGGAGGCACACUGGUUUUUUACAUAAAAAUUACUAAAAAUUAUUGACGUCAUUGAUAGAAAACACAAUAAAAGACUGGUUAUCUCUUAAAUGUGUUAAAGGUGAUUUUCUUUUCUACAUUUCACCAUCAUGGUUUCCUGUGGCUGAAAACUAAGAUGCCAGUAACUUACUAAAGUGAAGUACUUCUAGUCAUGUACGCAAACCAAAGCCAGACAGCGCCUCCUCCCCGCUCCCACACCAAAAUCCAAACCCAUCCACAGGAAGGGACACCACAAGGCCCCUCGGCUACACUCCCAGGCCCAACUG